AUGAACACGUUCCUCGAUGCGCCUGAGCUUCGAGUCAGUCGGCCGGUGGCUGCCUGUUCGAGAUGUCGGACAGCCAAGAUCAAAUGCGACGGGAAGCUCCCCGCCUGUUCGGCAUGUGAACGAGUAGGGAAAGCCACCUCAUGUUCGGGGGCAAGCGAUGAAUUCGCACGGGGCAAGGAGAGAAGCUACGUCGCGUCCCUCGAGGGCCACUGCGAACGACUUGAAAAACGCAUCGCCGAGUUGCGUCGUCGCAAAGAACUGCUUUCUCUCGGGCAGAAUGAAGUGGUGCGGGAAAGCUCCAUUACCUCCAACUCGGCCGCAGGGGGCUUUGCGCAGGGCCAUCGCAAAGAAGUGUCGGAUAUUGAUGACCUGGUCGGGGACUUUGGCUACUUGUCGGUCAAUGCUACUUCGAGAGACUUCCAUGGGAUCACGUCCAACGCGUCGUUUGCUAAUCUCCUCUUGUCGCUCUCCUUCGCCGGCGGGGUCCCGAAAUCGGAUUCGAGCUUGUUACCGCCGCGCAGUGACAUCACCCCACUAUUGCAGCACUAUUUCGAUCGGUUCUUCCCCCAGUUGCCGUUUUUCGUCGAGACGAAUUUUUGGACGUCGGUGGACACUGUAUACCAGGGAGGAGGCCGCUUCGCCAAGGCCUCCGACCAGUGGUUUUUGCGCAUGGUGCUCGCGGUCGCUUCUGGGUCGCUGUCCAGCCAGGCUGGCGACCGAAGUUACCAGAGAGCCCAAUCCUUUCUCGCCGGGGCACUACCGUAUGCGGACGACGUUCUUCGCCCUGGGUCCAUUGCAGGCAUCCAGGCCAUCAUUCUCCUAGCGCAGUAUGCUCUCGUCGACCCCCAGCGAUUCCGCUCGUGGUACCUGGUAGGCAUGGCAGCUCGAGCCAUAGUGGAUCUGGGACUGCACCAGGACCCCUCUCCCGAGGUCGUGUCCAAUAGUGAACCAUUGGAGAUUCGGCGUCGUGUAUUUCAUUGUGCUUACUGCCUCGACCGCGGGGUGAGCACAGCUCUGGACAGGACGUACUCCCUGUCGGAUGACUCGAUUAACGUUGCCUUGCCUCCCAGCGCCGCACCAAUCCCCUCUGCACUGACAGAGUCGAAUCAUAUCUUCCAGCGGAGCCCUGAGCCCGCGUGGCAUCUGGUCCGCAUCCGCCGGAUCUUGUCCGCAGCCUACCAGAAGAGAUUCUUUGAUCAACCGGAGCAGGCAGGCCCACUGCCUGACGCAUCGAUGUGGACGUUAUGCGCGAAAGCUCACGAAUGGUUGGAGGGCGCACCGAAGAUGGCCCCCUCGCAUUUUCCUCUGAUCUACCGGCUGGAGUUCCUCUACACCAUCACCGUCAUCCUCUCGCCUUCCGGAGAUAUUUCGACAUUAUGCGAUUACGCCAAGGUGUUCUUGUUCGAGCAUUGCCUCCAUUACGUCGCACAGCUGCACCGCGUGUGGGAGGACCCCAAGUGGCUGCCGUUGAUGACCGAGCUCGAUCUCCAACGGGCCUACCAGGUGGGGGUGCGGAUUGUCGACAUCCUGUCGCAGCACCAUGAACUGCUCCUUAGCCCGUCCAUUCCGGCGCUGCCGACCCUCGCUCAUAACGUGGCCCGGCCGCCGCUUGUGGACAGUGAAGAUCGGCUGAAGAGCCACGCACGGGCGAUCGACAGCCUGAGGCAGACGCAAUCCAUUCUCGCGCGCGGAGAGCGACGAUGGGAAACCGGCGGGCUGCUUCAGAAAUUCCAGCAGAUUUCGGGCAGCGUGCAGGAACAGUUGUUGCAGCCUUCGCUGUUCUAUCUGGCAGAGCCACUGGGGUAUUCGGGCGACCUUACGGCCACGGAGUCGCCAGAUCCGACUGACUCUGGAUAUGUCGCGUUUGGCCUCGGAUCAUCGUGA